UCAAUGCAACGUUCUCCGCUCAUGCCUUUAGAGAUAUUUUCUCUCAUCUUCCCGAGAAAACGGUCUCCUUCCUUCUCUCUCGCUUUUUUGUUUUAUUUUUACACGCUUCGAGACGUUUUCCCGGGAAAAUUGAGUUCAAAAUGAUGAGGAAUAGACCGAAUGGGUAUGGUAGAACGGCCAGUGGUAGCUCCACAACGAUGAGGACGCCGGCGCCGUCGUCGUCUUCGUCGUCGUAUACUUCUAGAGACGAAGAUGCUGAGUGGGAAAUGAGGCCUGGAGGAAUGUUGGUACAGAAAAGAAGUGAAAAACCAGAAGCUCCCGUGCCGAAUUUGCGGCUUCGGAUUGCGUAUGGUGCUCUACGAUACGAGAUCUCAGUUAGUUCCAUAGUGACAUUUGGGGAGGUGAAGAAGCUACUAACGGAGCAGACAGGGUUACAGGCCGGUGAACAGAGACUUGUUUUCCGAGGGAAGGAGAGAGAAAAUGGAGAAUACGUGGACAUGUGCGGAGUGAAAGACCGUUCAAAAAUCGUUCUAAUUCAGGACCCGGCCAGCAUUGAGCGUCGCUUCCUUGAAAUGCGUAGGAAUGCUAAGAUCCAGGGUGCCCGUCGCGCCAUUUCGGACGUGUCUACAGAAGUCGACAAGCUGGCGGAGCAGGUCUCCGCAAUUGAAAAGUCUGUUUCCAAUGGAGUCAAGGUACCAGAACUUCAGAUCACAACACUAAUUGAAAUGCUUAUGAGACAAGCAAUUAAACUAGAAAGCAUUCAAGCAGAAGGAGAUGCUUCUGUGCAGAAAAAUUUGCAGGGCAAGAGAGUACAGAAAUGUGUAGAAACCCUUGAUGUGCUGAAGAUAUCUAAUGCACGAACAAAGCCUGUUGUUCUCACGACAAAGUGGGAGACCUUUGAACCUCCUCCCUCCACCCCCACCCAAUGGGAAUUAUUCGAUUGAUCACUCUCUUUCAUUUCCCUUUGUCUUUGCGCGUCCAUAUUAUUCAAUCUUGUUAUGAUCUUAAAGAACUAAGCUUCUGUCCAAAAGGUACUGUAUACUUCAAAGUACAGUCUCAACGGCAGCUGAACAUGUGAAUAUGUCCAUUUUUGUUGGUGUUAAAUUUGUUUUUAUCACUUCAAGUUUGGUGAUUGCUUCGUCAAAUUCCAUGUUGGGGAACAUGGAAUGUAUAUUCUUCAUGUAUUUUGUAAUUGAGUGGUUGGAAUAUAACAGCUCAGCUCUAGUGUGAGUUUCUUGUAACUGUAACUUUAUAUGUUCCAUUCUUUAAGGAACGUGUCUCGGAACCUUCUUUUAUCAA